AUGGCACGAGGUAGCACCCCAAGCAAGUCGCGUCGCGCUGACGGGUUUUCCCGUCGACGUCGACGUAGUACCAGCAAUGAAAGUACAGGAGAUGGGGGGCAAGAUGCAGAUCAUCAUCCUGAUGUCGAAGUUAUCCGCGAUUUCCGCUCGAAGCGUGCGUCCGAAGCCGAACAAGAUGACAGUAAUCUUACGCAGGAAGAACGCGACCGAUUGCGCGAUCGUGAGGAGCGAGACGCCUUCGCCGAGCGAUUGCGUAAGCGCGAUGACGAACACACGAAACGGAAGCGAAAAGUGGAAGAAGUCGAUGUCUCUGAAGCCACUGGAGGCCUCACGAGCGACGAAAUCAAGCAGCUCGCAAAGAGAGGGGCAGUUGAAGACGACAAGAGCGCUCUUAGUGAGAAGCUAAGAAGACUGAGAGAGUUGAGUCGACAGGAAUAUCUGAAGAAGAGAGAGGAGAAGGAGCUGGAGCUGCUAGAGUUUCAGCUGAAGGACGAGGCUGUUUUAUUCGAAGAGACGGGUAAAUCGAAGAAGGAACAACAGCAGCUUGAGCUCAGCAGGAGAAUUCUUGAUACAGCAAAAGCUAGGUCGAAGAAAGAGGAGGUCGAGGGGUAUCAGAUCCCUGGUUCAUAUGAAGAAGUGGACAAUGAAGGCAAUCGGGUCCGCAAGAAAGAGGAUUUAUUAACGGACAGGUAUGAAGAAGAAGAGGUUUUCCAUACGGAGCAGGAGGUGUGGGAGGAAACACAGGUCAAGAUGGCCAGGAACAAGUUCGGAGCGAGAGAAAAGCGCGAGAAACAGACCGGUGAAGACGACGAGCUGGUGUUUGAUGAUCAGAUUCAAUUCAUUUCGCAGCAGAUGCUGUCGGGACACCACGUGAGUGAACAAGACGUUCAAGAAGCAAGAAAGAAGAUGGAGCAGGCCAAGCACUUGAGCAUGCAGGAAGGCAGGAAGCAGUUGCCCGUGUACCCGUAUCGGGAGUCGCUGCUCGAAGCGAUUCGCAAUUAUCCCGUGAUUAUCAUUGAAGGAGAGACCGGGUCAGGCAAAACGACUCAGAUUCCGCAGUAUUUGCACGAGGUGGGAUACUCGGAGUUGGGCGCUAUUGGCUGUACACAGCCUCGGCGAGUUGCCGCGAUGAGUGUGGCAGCACGUGUGGCGCAGGAGAUGAAUGUGAAGCUUGGUAACGAGGUGGGUUACUCUAUUCGUUUCGAGGAUUGCACUAGCGACAAGACUGUCAUAAAGUAUAUGACGGAUGGCAUGCUGCUGCGCGAAUUCUUGACCGAGCCUGAUCUCAAGUCCUACAGCGUCAUGAUUAUUGAUGAGGCACACGAGCGCACUCUCAGUACAGAUAUUUUGUUUGGGCUUAUCAAGGAUAUCGCGCGCUUCCGAGAUGACAUUAAGAUCAUCGUGGCUAGUGCCACGCUGGAUGCGACCAAGUUCAGUGCUUACUUCGAUGACGCUCCGAUUUUUAAAAUUCCUGGACGCAUGUACCCUGUCGACAUUCUGUACACAAAGGCACCGGAGGCUGACUACCUGGAUGCUGCCGUCGUAACAGUGCUGCAGAUCCAUAUUACCCAGCCAUUGGGAGACAUCCUCGUCUUCUUUACAGGUCAAGAAGAGAUCGAAUCAGCUGAAGAGAUUUUACUGCAGCGCACUCGGGGUCUCGGUUCUCGAAUACGAGAGCUGCUCAUUCGGCCAAUUUACGCGACGCUGCCCUCAGAACGCCAGGCGCAGGUGUUUGAGCCAACACCGGAGGGUGCUCGCAAAGUCGUGCUGAGUACGAAUAUCGCAGAGACGUCACUCACUAUCGCUGGCAUCUGCUACGUAAUUGAUACAGGCUUUUGCAAACAAACUAAUUACAAUGCGCAAACCGGUAUGGAGUCGCUGCUUGUGGCUCCUGUCUCCCAGGCGAUGGCGAACCAACGUGCUGGUCGAGCAGGCCGUACAGCUCCAGGAAAAUGCUUCCGUCUGUACACAGCGUGGUCGUAUAAAAACGAGUUGGAUGAGAAUUCUGUGCCCGAAAUCCAGCGUACAAAUCUUGCGAGUGUAGUGCUGCUCAUGAAGUCACUCGGGAUCAACGAUUUGCUUCACUUCGACUUCAUGGACCCGCCGCCAGAGAAGGCACUGAUUCGCUCACUCGAACAGCUUUACGCUCUUGGCGCUCUCAACGGCUUGGGAGAACUGACAAAGCUGGGGCGUCGCAUGGCCGAGUUUCCGCUUGAUCCCAUGAUGUCUAAGGCACUGCUCGCAUCCGAGAAGUUUGGCUGUGUUGAAGAAGUAAUGACGGUGUGCGCUAUGCUAAGCGUAAACAACUCGAUCUUCUAUCGGCCAAAGGACAAGGCGGUACAUGCUGACAACGCUCGACUGAAUUUCGCCCGAGGUGGCGGUGGUGAUCACAUUACGCUGAUGAAUGUUUACAAUCAAUGGGUCGAGACGAAUUAUUCCACGCAGUGGACUUACGAGAACUUCGUCAUCAUGCGCUCGCUGAAGACUGCACGUGACGUGCGAGAGCAGCUCGAAGGUCUUUGCGAUCGCGUGGAGCUGGAGCGUACAAGUAACCGAAGCGACCACGAGCCGAUCCGUAAAGCCAUCUGUGCGGGCUACUUUUACAACACGGCUAAGCUGGACAACUCAGGGCAAUACAAGACGGUGAAAAAGGCACAGCCGGUGUACAUUCAUCCAAGCUCGUGCCUCAUCAAGCUUGAAGAAGUCCCGCGUUGGGUCGUGUACCAUGAACUGGCAUUUACGACGAAAGAGUAUAUGCGCAACGUGGUCCCGAUCAAGUCGGAAUGGUUGAUGGAACUCGCGCCGCAUUACUAUAAAGUGAAGGAAGUCGAGGACGCUCGCUCCAAGAAAAUGCCAAAGGCUGUUGGCCGAGCUGCAUAA